AUGACACUGACAGAGAAGAAGAGCAUCGAUCAGGUGGACAUGAAGGGGAAGAGGGUCCUGCUGCGUGUGGACUUCAAUGUCCCCGUGAAGGAUGGAAAGAUCACGAACGACUACCGCAUCCGUGCAGCCCUGCCGACGAUCCAGAAGGUGCUGAAAGACGGAGGCAGCUGCAUCCUGAUGAGCCACCUCGGCCGGCCGAAGGGCGUGCGCAUCUCGGAGGCGGCACCUGCUGGCGGUGACCAUGCGCCCGGCUACGAAGCGGCGGCGACGCUGCAGCCUGUGGCGCAGCGCCUUGGCGAGCUGCUGGGCUCUCCCGUGAUGUUCGCCCCAGACUGCCUCAACGCCGCGUCGACGGUGGAGAAGCUCGCGCCUGGUUCCGUCGUGCUGCUGGAGAACGUGCGCUUCUACGCGGAGGAGGGCAGCAAGAAGGUGGAGGAGCGUGAGGCGAUGGCGCGCGUGCUGGCGUCGUACGGCGACGUGUACAUCAGCGAUGCGUUCGGCACUGCGCACCGCGACAGCGCGACGAUGACGGGCAUCCCGAAGCUGCUGGGCCACGGCGCGGCGGGCUACCUGAUGGAGAAGGAGAUCUCGUACUUUGCAAAGGUGCUUGGCAACCCCGCGCGGCCACUCGUGGCGAUUGUGGGUGGGGCAAAGGUGAGCGACAAGAUCCAGCUGCUGGACAACAUGCUGCAGCGCAUUGACUACCUGAUCAUUGGUGGCGCGAUGGCGUACACGUUCCUGAAGGCGCAGGGCCAUCGCAUUGGUAUCUCGAUGUGCGAGGAGGACAAGCUGGAGCUGGCGCGCUCGCUGCUGAAGAAGGCGGAGGACCGCAAGGUGCAGGUUCUGCUUCCGGUGGACCAUGUGUGCCACACAGAAUUCAAGGCUGUGGACGCGCCGCUUGUGACGGAGGGCGUGGACAUCCCAGAUGGUUACAUGGCGCUUGACAUCGGCCCCAAGACGAUCACCAACUACGUGGAGGUGGUGGCGAAAUGCAAGAGCGCGAUCUGGAACGGGCCGAUGGGUGUGUUCGAGAUGGCGCCGUACUCGAAGGGCACCUUUGCGAUUGCGAAGGUGAUGGGCGACGGCACGCAGAACCACGGGCUGAUGAGCAUCAUCGGUGGCGGCGACAGCGCGAGUGCGGCGGAGCUGAGCGGUGAGGCGCACCGCAUGUCGCACGUGUCGACCGGUGGCGGUGCGUCGCUGGAGCUGCUGGAGGGCAAGACGCUCCCCGGCGUCGCCAUCCUCGACGANCACCGCAUGUCGCACGUGUCGACCGGUGGCGGUGCGUCGCUGGAGCUGCUGGAGGGCAAGACGCUCCCCGGCGUCGCCAUCCUCGACGAGAAGUAG